GAGAGGCGAGGCGAGCCGGGGUCUAUAAGAGGCUAUCCAUCCCCACGGAGGACUUGGCCAAGGAGCACGGACCGGUUGAGGGAGCGGAUGCCGACGGGAGCCCUCGCAGGUUGUGAUGGGUAGUUGCCACGUGAAAUUACAUUUGUAGGAAGCUGAAGGACUUCUUUUGUCAUCAUCUGUUCUGCCCGUCCCUCUGCGCUCCUCUGACAAGAUGGUAUUUCAGAAACCACCCGAUGGUGGCUGGGGCUGGGUGAUCGUUCUCGUUUCCUUCUUCACCCAGUUCCUGUGUUAUGGAUCACCGCUGGCGGUGGGAGUCUUGUAUUUAGAAUGGCUGGAUGCCUUCGGAGAAGGGAAAGGCAAGACUGCUUGGGUUGGAUCCCUAGCAAAUGGAAUCGGAUUGCUUGCCAGUCCUGUCUGCAGUAUAUGUGUGUCAUCUUUUGGAGCAAGACCAGUAGCUAUCUUCAGUGGCUUUAUGGUGGCCGGGGGCCUCAUGAUGAGCAGUUUUGCACCUAACAUAUACUUUCUAUAUGUUUCAUAUGGGAUAGUUGUUGGUCUUGGAUGUGGCCUUUUGUACACUGCAACAGUUACCAUCACUUGCCAGUAUUUUGACAAACGCAGAGGCCUUGCACUCGGUCUGAUUUCAACAGGCUCAAGUGUUGGACUCUUCAUAUAUGCAGCAUUACAAAGAGAACUUAUCGAGCUAUAUGGACUGGAUGGUUGUCUGCUAAUAGUUGGUGCUCUGUCUCUAAAUAUAUUAGCAUGUGGCAGCCUAAUGAGACCAUUAGAGUCAUCAGGUUCUCCUCCACCGGAAAAACCAUGUGUAGACAAAGUGCCAGAUCAAUAUUUUGUUUACCAUGAAAAAGAAAAGACUGUUGAAGAAAAUAUAAGCAUCCUUGAAAAGGGCUACAUUGAUGAAAAAUGUGUGAACAAUGUGCUUGACUGCAAACAGGAUAGCGUUUUAAAUAAGAAUGUAUUGAGCUCAAUAAAUGUAAAUGAGAAAGACACUUAUAAAAAGAAAGUUGUAGAACAGACAAACUUCUGCAAGCAACUUGCCAAAAGGAAGUGGCAGCUCUAUUUGACCUACUGGAGGGAAACCAUGGUUCUUUUUAAGAACAAAGUAUUUUCAGCUCUCUUUGUUGCCAUCUUGCUCUUCGAUAUUGGUGGAUUUCCUCCUUCUCUGCUCAUGGAAGAUGUAGCAAGAAGUGCAAACAUUAAUGAAGAUGACUAUUAUAUGCCCCUCAUUUCCAUUAUUGGCAUUAUGACUACUGUUGGCAAACUUAUUUUAGGAAUACUGGCCGAUUUCAAGUGGGUUAACACUUUAUAUCUGUAUGUAACUACCUUAUUAAUGACAGGAUUGGCCUUGUUUGCAAUUCCAUUUGCCAAAAGUUACCUUACAUUAGCAAUGCUUUCUGGGAUUUUGGGUUUUCUGACUGGGAACUGGUCAAUUUUUCCAUAUGUAACAACAAAGACUGUGGGAAUUGAGAAGCUGACUCACGCAUACGGGAUACUGAUGUUCUUCGCUGGACUUGGAAACAGCCUCGGACCACCAAUUGUAGGCUGGUUUUAUGACUGGACGCAGGAGUACGACACCGCGUUCUAUUUCAGUGGCUUUUGUGUCUUACUGGGUGGAUUUCUCCUACUGCUGGCAGCGUUGCCCUGCUGGAAUGCCUGCACCAACCAGAGCUCAAAGCUGCCUCCAAAUACUUACUCCUACAAAGUUGCAUCUAGCGCUUAGGUGACAACUGGAAAACACUUUGCGCCUUUUUAUAUUAUAUAGCAAAGUAUUUUAGUAAUUUUCCACUUAUUUAUGAAGCCCACAAAUCCUCUUCUACUAUAAAAAUUCCAUUGUUGCUUGUUCUUGUUGUUCAGUUCCUUCUUCUUCUUUUAUUUCUUUUUUUUUUUUAAAUGUUAUUUUUAAGAACAGUCUUAUUUUGUCUACUGUGCACUGUGUUUCCAGCCUUUGUCUACUGUAAUUUCCUUUUACCCUGUAAGGGGUAUGUUCUGCUGUAUUAUCAGCUGUACUUUUUUUUAAGGGGGAUGGUGUGGAGGGGUGAAAACUUUGAAGCAAAAAUGAAGGCCUGUUCCUUAUGGAAGAAGGUUGGCAUUUCUGUCACCUUUUCUAGGUCUCCAAGUUGCACAGUCAGGCUUUACAAAACAAAAAUUUGCCUUAUUAGAAUGUAAUACUGUGGCGAGGUGCUUUUAACAUCAUGCUUAGAUUAACUUUUUGUCUUUUUAAAGUCUGUGCAAUUUACAAUGAAGUGCCAAUUGCAGGAGGGAGAAGAGGGGAAACAAAUCAACCUUAUGUUGCAUAACUGAAGUGAACAUUAUGAUGAAAGUAAAGAUUCUUACUACCACUACAACUAAGAACUGUGUUUAUAAAUAUUGCACAUUUUGUGAAGUCUGUUUAUAAAACUGUUGAACCAAAAAGUUUUAAACCAAGGAAUAAAUGUGAUUGUUGAAACCGUGAAAAGAAA